AUCCAUAUUCUCCCACCGUUAAAAACGCCCGGAAGAAAGAAAAAAAGGCCAAAAGCGAGAAAAAUAGCAUUUGAGAGGUGAUUGUUGCGUAGAUUCCAUCAAUGGAGAAUCAGCAGCACGAAGUAAACGUUCCCGCCCAAAAUCGCUUCUCCGUAUUGAACUGCAUCGAUCUCUCCAACCCCGACACUCAAACUUCCGUUUCGUUACUCAAAAAGGCGUGCUUGGAUUGUGGGUUCUUUUACGUGGUUAAUCAUGGGAUAAGCCAAGAAUUCAUGGCGGAGGUGUUUGCUCAGAGCAAGAAGUUCUUCGAGUUGCCAGCGAAGGAGAAAAUGAAGGUUUUGAGGAACGAGAAGAAUCGAGGAUACACUCCGGAGCUGGACGAGCUAUUGGAUCCUGAGAAUCAAGUUCAUGGAGACUAUAAGGAAGGGUACUACAUUGGAAUAGAAGUUCCAGAAGAUGAUCCCGAAGCAGAGAAACCCUUCUAUGGGCCUAAUGUUUGGCCAUCAUCAGGUUCUUCUUUCCCACCUAGUGAGGUAGCAAGAGUAGUUGCGAGAAUUAUAGCUCUUGCACUGGAUCUAGAAGCUGAUUUCUUUGAUAAACCGGAGAUGCUUGGGCAACCUAUUGCUAUAAUGCGACUGCUGCGUUAUGGAGGUCAGGUGUCUGAUCCAGCAAAGGGCUUAUAUGGAGCUGGUGCUCAUUCAGACUAUGGUUUUAUUACCCUCCUUGCCACAGAUGACGUCUAUGGCCUCCAAAUAUGCAAUGAUAAGGAUGCUCAACAUCAAGUAUGGGAGUAUGUAGCCCCAAUGCAAGGAUCCACAUUGCAUAGAGUUCUAGGAAAUGGUCAAGAGAGAUAUUCCACUCAUCAGGUGACCAUGGUGGUCAUCACGACCAUGGCAGCAAGUCUUUUUAUGAUGCCAAGCUUCAUCAGGGCAGCACCUGAUGCUUGUCCACCAUCUUUAACCAACGAGGCGGACCGAAUCAACAGCUUGCCGGGGCAGCCCGAGCCGGUUGGGUUCGGUCAGUUUUCUGGAUACAUAGCUCUGGACGACCAGCUUCAGUCCAGGCUUUUCUACUACUUCGCUGAAGCUUCCACCAAUCCUGCUUCCAAGCCUCUUGUUCUCUGGCUUGGCGACCAGUUGGAGUGCUCUAACUUUGGGGCAUUCUCUGGGAAUGGCCCUUUCAGUCCUGUCUGUGGAAAUGUUCUGGCUACGAACAAGUACACAUUCAACCAAGAGGCUAACAUAAUCUACCUCGACUCUCCAACUGGCACUGGGUUUUCGUUCUCUGCCAAUACUACUACUACUUCUGCCACCUACAUCUACAAUGACACCGUUAUAGCUACGCAGAAUAUGAUCUUCUUGACCAGAUGGUUCCAGAAAUAUGCAGAGUACAAGAACAGAGACUUCUACAUCGCCGGACAGGGCUAUGCUACUGGUCGUUCUGUUCCAUUUCUUGCCAAUCGCAUUCUCCGUGGCAGUACAACAAACGGCAUCAACCUGAAAGGAAUCAUGAUGGGAAACCCUCUGCUGGACUUCGACACUGAUAUGGGGUCAAUCGGAGACUUCCUCUGGUCUCAUGGGUUGAUAUCAGAUAAAACCCACGAACUAAUGGAAAAUUUCUGCAAUGGCGCCAAGUGGCUGAGAGAGAUAUACUCCGGCUCUCCAUUUUGCACGGCUUGUAAAGAAGUGGAUGAUCGGCUCUCAGCAGAAAUUCCGGACGCACUUGACAUGCAGGAUGUCUCUUCCGAUACUUGUCUUGCAAUAUUUGGACCGUCGUCAAGGGUAACGGGAGGUUCCAAGUUCGAAAGUUCGAAACUUUUCUCGUCGAUUCGCUCACUCACUGCUUCACCGAGUCAUGAAGAAGUUUCAGAAGGGACAGAUGUGUGUGUGAAAGAGAAGAUCAUGAAGUAUUUGAAUAGAAAAGAUGUGCAGGAAGCUCUCCAUGUCAGGACUACCAAUUGGACUGCCUGCCCCAGGCCUAUUCAUUAUGAUAAGAGAGGCUUCGAGACUCAGACGGUAGAUAUGGUGGGUUCAUUGCUGACGAAAGGGAUCAGAGUGCUGAUUUACAGUAUUGAUGAAGUGACAUUCGUACCGUUUCUUGGGACAAGGGUGCUGGUCAGUGACUUGGCCGACAAGGUAGGGCUGAACACAACAGUGCCUUAUCGAGGAUGGUUUGACACUGAUAAACAGGUUGGUGGAUGGACAGAAGCUUAUGGUGAGAUGCUGGCGUACGCUUCCAUCAGAGGAGGGUCGGCUAAGACCUUCUGCAGUGGACGGAAGUGGAUGAUCGGCUCUCAGCAAAGAUUCUUGACAGUAUGUCUCUUCCGGUACUUGUCUUGCAAUGUUUGGACCGUCGCCAAGGGUAAUGGGAGAACGGUUGAGUCAGCAUAUGAAGCUGAUAGGAUUGUGAAGCUGCCAGGGCAGCCACAGGUUAGCUUCCAGCAGUAUGCAGGUUAUGUGACUGUUGAUGAAACCCAGCAGAGGGAACUUUUCUACUACUUCGUGGAAGCUGCAACAAACUCCACUUCCAAGCCUCUUGUUUUGUGGCUCACUGGAGGACCUGGGUGCUCUUCAAUUGGAGCCGGAGCUUUCUCCGAACACGGCCCUUUCAAGCCGAAUGCUGCAGGGGUUCUGGUCAACAAUGAAUAUAGUUGGAACAAAGAAGCAAACAUGCUGUACUUGGAAUCCCCGGCAGGAGUUGGCUUCUCAUAUUCUGCCAAUGCCUCUUUCUAUAAGUUGGUUAAUGACUCCAUAACAGCAAAGGACAACUUGGCCUUCCUACAGAGAUGGCUACUCAAGUUUCCUGAAUACAAAACCAGAGAUCUUUUCGUUACCGGAGAAAGCUAUGCUGGACACUAUGUUCCACAGUUAGCACAGCUAAUUGUGGAGUCCAGAUCAAAUCUCAGCUUAAAAGGCAUCGCUAUAGGGAACCCACUGUUGGAGUUCGACACAGAUUUGAACGGGCAAGGAGAGUACUACUGGUCUCACGGCUUGAUAUCGGACCAGACCUAUCACCUUGCGAAUACAGUAUGCAACUUCUCCCAGAUCAACAGAGAGGGCUUGGCGCCGUCGGGCGACUAUUCCAAGCCGUGUGGAAUCGUUGUAGCCCAGAUUAGCGCAGAAUGGCCCAGUCAGAAUUUUGACAACUAUGAUGUCACUUCUGAUGUCUGUUUGUCAGAUGGUGAAUCACAAUUUGGUUCCCUGGAGCAGCACUCUUUAUUAGCUCCUCGUUUCCAUCCAGUUUCGCCCCUUAAAUCCAAGCAAAGUGGUUUCAGAAAGCAGGAAGCUGGUGGGGAGUCGAUAGACCUUUGUGUACAAGAUCAGACCGAGAAAUACUUGAACAGGAAAGAUGUUCAAGAAGCUAUGCAUGCCAAGCUUGUCGGCGUCAAUAACACUUGGAGUUUAUGCAGCGUAGUGGUGAAUUAUGACUACUACAAUCUGGAGAUUCCAACGAUUGGGGUUGUGGGUUCGUUGGUGGGAUCGGGGAUUCGAGUGCUAGUCUACAGCGGGGACCAAGAUGCGGUUAUCCCCUUCACCGCGACAAGGAUUCUGGUGAAUCGUUUGGCAACCGAGAUGGGGUUGAAUACAACUGUACCAUACAAGGCAUGGUUUGAUUAUGACAAACAGGUUGGUGGAUGGACACAAGUCUAUGGGGAGAACAAUAAGUUGUCAUUCGCAACCAUCAGAGGAGCCUCUCAUAUGGCUCCAUCCUCCUCUCCCAAGAGGUCACUCGCAUUGUUUGCAGCCUUUGUUGCUGGGAGACCAUUGGCAGAUUGAUGAUCUCUCAAUCGUGGAACCUGUCCAAAGUGUAGUUUCAAUUCUCUUGAGGCUACCACUAUGCCUAUCUUUGUAUUAUCAGACUUGAUGACACAUUAAAAUCAAGAAAUCUAUUAGCUUCGGCACUAACUUCAGUUGGAGAUGGUCAGUUGUUGAAUAAUACGCAGUAUGCAGCCAUAGAAAAUGCAACAAAGGUACUAUCCAAGCCCGGCUUGGUAGGCCAUUAGAUGGAGUAUAACCAAG